ACAGGAUUGAAAGUUGUUGUUUUUUUUGUUCUUCAAAUAUUUACUGCCUCAUAUUUUAAAAUUAUUUUUCAGAAAUUAUAUGAAAUGAAUGGCUUUGAUUUCAUUUGCACCAUUACGUAUACCUUUAAAAAGACGAAUACAAACACUUGCUGUUCUCUUUGGAGUCUUCAUAGCAUUUCUUGCCCAUGCCACAGGUCUAGUCUUGUGGUUAGUUUUGUUCCUUUCUAAAUAUUGGCCAAUAGCUAUUUUUUAUGCAACAAUUAUUAUUGUAUUUGACCGAGACCGACCUUCACAAGGUGGAAGAAGAUUUUCAGUGAUUCGAAAUUUAGCCAUAUGGAGAUAUUUUUGUGAUUAUUUUCCGAUUAAACUGGUCAAAACAGCACACUUGGACGACAAUAAGAAUUACAUAUUUGGCUUUCAUCCACAUGGUAUUAUAACCGCAGGAGCAUUUGGUAAUUUCGCUACAGAGGGAACAGACUUCAGUCAUGUUUUUCCUGGAAUUAAGCCAUAUUUACUAACACUGAAAAUUCUGUUCAAGUUUCCAUUUUUUCGAGACUUUUUCAUGGGGUUUGGUAUAUGUGAUGUUUCAAAAGCCAGCAUUCGUUGUAUAUGUAAAGCGUCAACAGGUGGGAAUGCUGCAAUCAUCAUUAUUGGAGGUGCAGCAGAGUCACUAGAUGCUCAUCCAGGAUCAUGCACGUUAACCUUAAAAGAUCGGAAAGGCUUCAUAAGAAUGGCACUUCAGACUGGUGCCAAUUUGGUCCCGGUGUAUUCAUUUGGAGAAAAUGAGUUAUACAACCAAGCUAACAACCCUCGUGGUUCCUUACUUAGAAGAUUACAGGACAGAAUUCGAAGGUGGUUAACUUUUGCUCCUGUUUUGUUCUAUGGUCGAGGAAUUUUUCAAUACAACUUUGGGUUUCUACCUUUUCGGAGGAAGAUAACCACUGUUGUUGGAGCUCCCAUAAAAGUUGUGAAACGCUCGAAUGCAACCCCAGCAGAGGUGAAUCGGUUGCAUCAGUUGUACGUAAAGAGACUGAAAGAACUUUUUGAUCGACACAAAAAGGAACAUUCCGACUAUCCGAACGCUACUUUAGAAAUUUUAUAAAAUUAAUUAUAGAUUGAGACUUAGAAUUUAAUCUAAAUUUUAGCAGCUAACCCAACCGUCCUAUUUUUCUUGUUUAACGUACCCUAAAGUGGUCAUGGACUGUUUGACUAUCACUCUUCAGGUUUAAAAAAAAUGUUCCUUUUUUGUCAAUAAAUUUGUGCCGUGAUUAAAAAAUGUUUUUUUGUAUAUCUGUGAUAUAAUGAUUUUAGAAAAUAAAUUAUUUUUUUUUAUGCAUUAUAUAUAAACUUAAGAAUUUUUUGUUUAAAUUAUAUUUUUGUUAUGCCAACAGAAAUUACUUAAAAGUUGUAAAUUUUUACAUUAGGUUAUCUGAAUGUAAGGUCCCAGCGAAUGAAUCCAGUGAAUCCUCUUGUUCUGUUCGACCAUCCAGGAAGAGAGAAACAUAAACAAAAACAUGCGAUAAGAAUUAAGCCGCAUUUCUUAUGUUUUCUUUCCCCAAAAUGUGAGAAAUACAUAAAGUUAAAAGCAAAAAACUAAAAGAAAUUGGCAUAAAUUUUGCUUUAAACUGCGCAUUUUGUUGCGUCUUGACUCUUGACUGGCAAGACAAAAAAAGUGCAUUCAACCAAAAAAAUCUUUUGUGUCUGCCUAAAAGAUUAGAACCUAAUUUUAUCACUUUCAAAUUUAACUCACGUUUAUUGUGAUAUUGUGCGAAUAUGAUUUAUUGAAAAGAUAAAUUAUAUAAUUUAAUAGAGCAUUUAACAAUUUAACUUUGUUUAAAGUUAUAUAUUUUUAUAAUAUACAGAAUAUAGUAUAGAAAUUAUUCUUCGGAACUGUA